ACUACACUCCCGAUCGGUCGCCAUAUUGGGAUUCGGUUAUUGUUUUGCUAAUAGCCUCGACUUCGUUUGGCGAAUUUUGAAGCGUAGCAUUUUAUUUAAAAACAAACAAAUUCGUAUAUUGUUUUAAUUUAUUUUAAUCAGAAUCCACACGCGCACGGUAAAGGAUGGUGCAGAAUUACAAGCAGGCAUCAGGAGUGUGUUCUCCAUCCAACACUGAUGAGUUCCUCACACCAGCACAUGAGGAGAACGUCCGCUUCAUUCAAUACACCUGGCAGUGUGUGAUGAGGGAGAUGCAGUCCUUCCAGGGAACUGAAAACAGCAACAAGGGACCUCAGAAGUAUGUGGAAAGAACACCUAACCCCAGUCUGAGCUCUUUUACGCCGGUGGAUUUGAACAGCGUACGCCGGAGGAACGCGCAAGACUCCAAAAAGUCUUAAUCGUGUCAGGACACGGAUGCGUCUCCAUCUCGUCUCGACAAAGCUGUUCGACCUUUUGUUUUAUUUAAACGAACUUUUAUAUUUUAACAGAAAGGGGGUGUGGCCUGUCUGUGGGGGAAGGGGGCAUGAAGAUAGGGGGCGUGGCUUUGUUGCUUACACAUGUUUAACUCCGAGGGUGAGAAACUCCACGUUUUACUUACUGCACGCUAAACCCUCGUCCUGCCCCGGGAUUUGCUUCUUCCUUACGUCUGAGUGGAUCAUCGGAUCAGAACCGGUUUCCCGAAUCACAACUUUAACUAUUAGAUGAUGAAAUGUGGGCGUGUCCUUCAAAAAUCCUUGACACUUUAUUGUCAGCACUGAAAUCUUGAUAAUAUUAUUACAUCACUCGAAUUAUUGCAUGAUAGAAAUCUACUUGCAUCGUGUUCGUCUCGUUUGUUUAUUUAUUUCAACAGAUUUAACCACAGUCCUGUUCUUUCCCCAAAACCACCAGGAGAUUCUUUUAUUUUCCCGAAAAACAAAUAAAAAGAAACUGUAUUAACACCUUAA